UCGAGACCGGGUUCAUUCGAUAGAGAAUGUGCCCUUUCUAGCAAACCUCGUCAAACCCAAACAGAUGCCAUGCCUCAACUUUCGACCCUGUGGGGCCGGGGUCUAACCCUAUUUGUAAUACGUCAUUAAAUUUAAAUUGAAUUUAUUUUUAUCGUAAUUCAUUUUGUUUUUCUUUAAAUUUCUUUGGAUUUAUAAAAAAAUUUUUUUUUUAUUUUUUAUUAUUAUGGUUGACAGCCAACUUAUUUUCUCUCCUAAAUUUUAAUUAAAAAUCACUCGAAAUAUAGAUUGUUUAAUGUCUUCUUCUGAUCUUAGACCAAUUGUCUCGUUUGAGGUAGUGCCUGAACAUUGUAUUCGAAAUGAUCAAUUGGAAUUGAUUUUGGGCACCCCGAUAAACCAGGUUAUUAAUGGAAUCCAAAACGUCUACAGGACAAUUAAAAAUGUGGAAUUAACUUAUUGUACAAAGGAACCUUUUGGUCGUGAUAUAACAAUUACUCUUCAAAAUAAUGGUAUUCGAAUGUAUUUUGAUUCGCACAGUCAAGUAUUAAGAAUGAUUGAAUUAUUCGAUUUUUCACAUGUUACAUUACAUUAUUGUCAUAAUGUAUUUUCAUCUCCUGAGGAGCCUGCAGAUGUCGGAAAAGUUGAAAAAUGUUUUGGAGCUACUGUUCCUGGAGUUUACGACGAAAAACAACAAAAAUACAUUAUGAAUUGGCGAGGCAAGUUUUUUUUAGAGCUUUCUAAAUUAAAUUUUUAA